AUGACCUCAUGGAAAUCUCUAGUGCCUCAUUUCAGGACAGCGUUAGAUUGGUCGGACGUGAUGGCAAAGCGGGACUACGAGAAGUACUUGGUGUAUUCACGAUCGAAACUUUGUCUGCAUUUGAUGGCAUUUGCUCUCCAUCGACGAAUGAACAUCGCUCGACGGAACGUUGCCGUAAAUGUCGUCGAAUUGGGCAAGGAACGUGAACCGAACAACAAUGGCAAAAUGCGCACGACUUCGGCUCUGUCGAGCUCAAUGUCCACGCUUUCAAUGUGUCGUGCGGCAGGAAACCUGGUACAACUCAUAGAAAAUCCAGCUUUCGAGACGCUUUCCGGGAAGUACCUGGACUCGAUGGGCAAACAAAUCAGGUGA